GGGGCUGGAAAUCCAAUAGGUACGAGCUCCGCUGAAGUUUCUCAAUCACUAUCAAUGAGGAUUUGCAUGCUGGACCUAAAAAAAAAAAAGCGGAAUUGGUGAAGAAUGAGAAGGAAUCGUUGUGGACGUUUUGAAUGAUUUUGCAGACUUUUAAAGGGCGUUUUUUUCCACUAGUUAGCGAUGUGCUUUUCUAACUUUUAAUGCGCAUCUGUAUGUUUCAGUGGUGUGGAGAGACAGAUGCAACUUCGCGUUUGAAUGAGCAAAGCUUUUUCUGAUGCAUUUCGAAAAGUUUUCAAAGUUGGAACUAUUUUAUGCUGGUGUUGUAGCUCAUCGUUAAGUUUUCCCCCUCGUCCUACCUGUAGUAUUUUUUUUUUUUUUUUUUUUUUUUGCGCGCGGGAUUUAAUUUGCUGGAUGUAACAAGACGCGGAUACAUUUUUUGUUUUUCAAUAGCCUGCGCAUUAGUUUAUUUUGUUGUUUUUAAAUAUUUUUUUCUAUUGUUAUCGGGCUGCUCUCAGCCUCAGAGGAUUUAUGAUGCGGUGGGUGAAGUAUUGGGGGACAGUGGCUGUGCUGUGCGGGCUCCUGUGCUGUGCUGUGAAUGGAUGCCCGCAUAAGUGCAGUUGUUCGGGCUCUCAUGUGGAUUGUCAGGGUCAAGGCUUCAGGACGGUGCCCAGGGGAAUCCCGAGGAAUGCCGAGAGACUGGAUCUGGACCGGAAUAACAUCACCCGGAUCACCAAAGUGGACUUCUCUGGCCUCAAGAACCUGCGCGUGCUACAUCUGGAGAACAAUCAAAUAAGUGUGAUCGAAAGAGGAGCAUUUCAGGAUCUCAAACAGCUUGAGAGAAUCCGCCUGAACCGGAACCGGCUGCAGGUCCUGCCGGAGCUGCUGUUCCAAUCCACACCCAAGUUGGGCCGCCUGGACCUGAGCGAGAAUCAGAUUCAGGCUGUUCCUCGUAAGGCUUUCCGAGGGAUCACUGCCGUCAAGAACCUGCAACUGGACAGCAACCACAUCAGCUGCAUCGAAGAUGGAGCCUUCCGAGCCCUGCGCGAUCUGGAGAUACUCACUCUCAACAACAACAACAUCACCCUCAUCCCGCUGUCAAGCUUCAACCACAUGCCCAAGCUGCGGACACUUCGCCUGCACUCCAACAGCCUGCACUGCGACUGCCACCUGUCCUGGCUCUCCGAUUGGCUGCGGCAGAGGAGAGGGCUGGCCCCUUUCACACAGUGCAUGGCCCCCGCCCAUAUGAGAGGUCUCAAUGUUCCUGAUGUUCAAAAAAGAGAAUUUGUCUGCACAGGUCCUGCUCAGAUGGAGCCAAGGUCUUGCGCUCCCCAGGCGUCCAUCUGCCCUGCCGCCUGCACCUGCAACAGCAACAUCGUAGACUGCCGUAAAAAAGGCCUGACGGAGAUUCCUGCCAACCUGCCUGAAGGAAUUGUAGAAAUCCGUCUGGAGCAGAACAUGAUCAAGAGCAUCCCAGCAGAAGCGUUUUCCACAUACAAGAAACUGAAGAGAAUAGACCUGAGCAAGAAUCAGAUAUCUGAGAUUGCGGAAGAUGCGUUUAGUGGCCUGCGCUCGCUCACUUCACUGGUUCUGUAUGGAAAUAAAAUCGCAGAGAUCCCAAAGGGACUGUUUGAUGGCCUGGUCUCCCUGCAGUUGCUACUGUUGAACGCCAACAAGAUCAACUGUCUCCGAGUGAACACUUUCAAAGACCUGCAGAACCUCAAUCUGCUGUCCCUCUACGACAACAAGCUUCAGACCAUCAGCAAAGGCCUGUUCACCCCUUUGCGUGCCAUCAAAACACUACACCUCGCUCAGAAUCCCUUCAUGUGUGACUGUCAUCUGAAGUGGCUGGCCGACUACCUGUUCGACAAUCCAAUUGAGACCAGCGGAGCUCGAUGCAGCCAUCCGCGCCGCCUCGCCAACAAACGCAUCAGUCAGGUCAAGGGCAAGAAGUUCCGCUGCACAGGUGCGGAGGACUACCGCAGUCGUCUCAGCGGCGAGUGUUUCCAGGACCUGGUUUGUCCCGAGCGCUGUCGGUGUGAGGGAACAGUGGUGGACUGCUCCAACCUCAAACUCACCAAAAUCCCCCCUCACCUGCCGGAGCACACCUCUGACCUACGGCUGAACGACAAUGAAAUCUCAGUCCUAGAGGCUACAGGGGCCUUCAAGAAGCUGCCAAACCUGCGCAAGAUAAACUUAAGUAAUAAUAAACUCCGGGACAUCCGUGAGGGGGCGUUUGACGGGGCCGGAGGUGUUUUGGAGCUGCUGUUGACCGGAAACAAGCUGCAGACGGUCAGCGGACGGAUGUUCAAGGGUUUGAGCGGCCUCAAAACGCUGAUGCUGAGGAGUAAUCAGAUCAGCUGCGUGGAUAACGCCACCUUCACCGGCCUGAGUUCCGUUCGCCUGCUUUCCCUCUACGAUAACCGGAUCUCCACUAUCGCCCCGGGAGCUUUCAACACCCUGCAUUCCCUCUCCACCAUUAACCUGCUGUCUAAUCCCUACGUGUGUGACUGUCACUUAGCCUGGCUGGGACUGUGGCUUAAGAAGACCAGGGUGGUUAGUGGAAACCCACGCUGCCAGAAACCUGCCUUCCUGAAGGAGAUCCCCAUACAAGAUGUAGCCAUGCCUGAUUUCUCCUGCGACGGUAUAGAAGAGAAUAUCUGUCUGCCGUCGGUCCCUCGCUGUCCUGAUUCCUGCUCAUGCUCAGACACAGUGGUGCGCUGUAGUAACCGCGGGCUGCGUUUGCUUCCUAAGGGUAUCCCUAAAGAUACAACUGAACUAUACUUGGAAGGAAACCUCCUCACCUCCGUCACCAGAGAGCUCGCUAAUCUGAAACACCUGACACUGCUAGACCUCAGUAAUAACAGCAUCAGUCUUCUUGCCCCUCUCACCUUCAGCAACAUGACGCAGCUCGCCACCCUUAUCCUGAGCUAUAAUCAAAUUCGCUGUGUCCCGGUUCAUGCAUUUGAUGGCUUGCGUUCUCUCCGCCUGCUAACUCUCCACGGAAAUGACCUUUCAACUAUUCCGGAGGGAGCCUUCAGCCACUUGACAUCUCUGUCUCAUCUGGCUCUGGGUGCGAACCCCCUGUACUGUGACUGCGAGCUGCGCUGGUUGUCUCAGUGGGUGAAGGCUGGGUUUAAAGAGCCUGGCAUCGCCCGCUGCACUGGACCACCCGACAUGGCAGACCGCCUGCUGCUUACCACCCCUCUCAGUCAAUUCCAGUGCAAGGGUCCAGUAGAUUUAAAUCUGAUGUCCAAGUGCGCCCCCUGUCUGACGAGUCCCUGUCAGAACAACGGCACAUGUGUGAGUAAUAUCACAGGCUCCUACCACUGCACCUGCCCUUUUGGCUACAAGGGUCAUAACUGUGAGAUCCCCAUUAACGCCUGCAUCAGCCUGCCGUGUGUUAAUGGAGGCACGUGCCACCUCACACCUGGACUGGACGGACACUACAGCUGUGUGUGUCCGCCUGGGUACGAGGGGCAGCAGUGUGAGAUGAAUCCUGAUGACUGUGAAGACAACGACUGUGAGAAUAACUCCACCUGUGUGGACGGCAUCAACAACUACACCUGCGUCUGCCCUCCGAACUACAGAGGUGAUCUGUGUGAGGAGGUGAUUGACCCCUGCCUGCCCGGGUUUGACCUCUGCCAACACGACUCCAAGUGUGUUCCCCUCAGUAAGGGCUACAGGUGUGAAUGUUUGCCAGGUUAUGUUGGCCAGCACUGUGAGCAGGAUUACAAUGACUGUCUGGAGAACAAAUGCCAGCAUGGAGCAGAGUGUAACGACGCCAUCAAUGGAUACACGUGUGUGUGCAAGGAGGGGUUCAGUGGGCUGUUCUGUGAGACUCCUCCACCAAUGAUAUUACUCCAGAAGACGAGUCCAUGUGAUCAGUCUUACUGUCAGAAUGGAGCACAGUGUCUGAUCGUGGAGGGAGAGCCCGUGUGCCGGUGUCCAACUGGCUCCAAGUGUCAUAAAAUGGUCACAGUGCACUUCCUCGGCAAAGAUACCUAUCUGGAGCUCUCAGGCGCCAAGAUCCGACCACCUAUGCACAUAUCCCUCCAGAUAGCCACAGAUAAGGACAAUGGCAUCCUGUUGUAUAAGGAGGACCAUGACCCACUGGCCCUAGAGCUGUACCAGGGACACAUACGUUUGAUCUAUGAUGUUGCCAAGUACCCCCCAACCACAGUGUACAGUGUGGAGUCAGUGAAUGAUGGUCUUUUCCACACGGUGGAGGUCCUAAUCCAGAAUCAGACACUAAGUUUGGUGGUGGAUAAAGGGGCACCGAAAAGCCUGGGCAAACUCCCCCGCCCUCCUGCUGUGGACCACAACACACAGCUCUACAUAGGCGGUGUGCCCUCUCUGAUUGACACAGCAGGCCUGCGACCGGGUCCAGACCGUCCAUUCCAGUCCUUUAAUGGCUGCAUUCAUGACGUACGGCUCAACGGGGAACUCCAAGACCUCGGCAGUGGAGUGGCAGGGGUAGAGGGCAUCCUGCCGGGCUGUCACUCCUGCGGCGUCUGUGCUCACGGGGCCUGCAGACAGAGAGGAGAGGCUGGCGUGACCUGCGAGUGUCCCACUGGCCACAGCGGUCCACUGUGUGAAGAGACCACCUCCCAGAGCCCCUGUCAGAACAGCAGGUGUGUGCAUGGCGUGUGUGUGCCGAAGGGCUCCUCGUACAGCUGCUCAUGUGCAGAUGGAUACUCUGGACAGUUCUGUGACAGGCGGGAAGAGUCCGUCGUCUGCAAAGGGAUGCACUGCAUGCACGGAGAGUGCAGGGUGACGGAGAGCGGAGAGCCGUUUUGCCACUGCCAGUCUGGAUACAGCGGGCCGGCCUGUGAAAUAGAGCCGACGUGUCAAGGAGAGAUGGUCCGUGAACUGCUCAAGCGCAAUAUGGGUCAUAAAAACUGCACCUCCACCAGUAAAAUCCCUCGGUGUCCAAGCACCUGCCGCUCGGGCCUGUGCUGCGCCCCCACCAAGAGCCGGAGACGGAAGGUCAGCUUCAAGUGCUCCGAUGGAUCUUCCUUUUCCGAGGAGAUGGAGACCGCCGUGGAGUGCGGCUGCACAAAGUGCCCAUUGUAAUAUUAGCCACCCCCACCCCUCGUCCCAAACCUGGAGAACAUGAUGGAGCGGAAAAGAAAAUAUAUUGUAAAAUAAACAAAAAACAAAUAGAACUUAUUUUUAUUAAGGGAUGUUUUUUUUUUAAAGAAAGAGACUGUUUUUAUGAUGUUGCUUAUAUGUGUCAUAUGAAAAGUAAUUUUGUACCGUCGAACAAAACCACACACACAGAUUAACAUUCCUGAAAAUAUAUGAAUUAUAUAAAUAUGUAUAAAUCUAUAUAAAUGUACAACCUAACCUAAGAAUUAAUUUGGUCUGUGUAUUGCAUGUCUGUUGUGAAGUGUGAGAGCGGAGACAAAUUUUAAUGGAGGGGCUGCAAUGUGCCCGUGAAGCCAAUCAGGCAAGGACUCUCUAGACUCUCUAACACAGGAAGUGGUGAGCCAACUUCCUGUGCUCUGGUGGUGGCAACAAAUGAACUGCUUCGUAUAACGGACCUCAGAGAGCUCACCUGCAGGCUUCAAGGACAGAGCUUCGAGUGGGAUGGGCUGAUAUUUUGUACUUUGGAUGUUGUUGUAUUUUUUUUUCUCGGUGUGGCUCUGGUUUACAAGCUGCAACUCAUCGGAGUGAAUUUUUUGCAUGACUGCAUGGAAGAGUUAAAUGUGAACUUGUAACAUGUAGUUAAAUGCUCUCUACCUGUUUUACAGUUGAAAUCCAAAUGCAACCGUCGCAGAAGAUACAGGUGACCUCUGGUGCAAAACACUUCAUACUGACAUAGUAUUCCGUCAUAACCGUCCUUUACUGAAAUAUUAAAUGCAAAUAUAUUACACCCAUUACUACUGUAAUGUUUCAUGUGUACCCUUUUGUUUUUGUUUUUUUUGUUUUUUUGUUUUUAGAUGUAACACUCAGUGUCUUACUCAAAGAGAGCGAGGACUAUAGAUAUCCCCAAGAAAAAGCUAAUCAGUGUUAAAGAACAUUCCUCCUCGUUCUGUCUCUCCCCUGUUCACCACAUACUGUUGCAGAUGUAGGAAUCACCAGUGAAUGAUGUAACUGAGCUUGUGCAGGAGGUGUCAUGUGCGCACCUCUAAUCAGAAGACUGGUUGUCAUACAGUGCAUUUUCUAAUGUUUUGUUAAAUAUGAAUUAGAGAGUGAUGAUUAACUUACAGUGAAUGUUGAAUUAAACUUGUAAUGAAAAACA